AUCUUGAUUGAAAGUCAGGCCACUGCUGGGCCUAAACCAUGAUUUAGAUAAGAAUAACAAAGUUUGUUUCGUCUAUUAUUUUUCAAACUUUCACUAUCUUAUUGGCGAAUCAUUGUUGAGAUUUGCAGGAAAUAACACACAGUCAAAACCAGAACAUUUUCGCUUUUGAAUCUUGUAUGAACAAAAAAAAAAUACUGUCAUGAAGAGGAGGGAGAAAAAGAGCUUGCUUAUACAUACUCUCAUUUCUCUCUGAGAAACUUUGUUGAGGUGUAAGAGAACCUAAAAGAAAAAUCCAAAAUUUUGGUUGUCACCCGCAUGCUUGUCUUUUCUUAUCAGAAAAACUCUAGAGUGCAGGAGAACAACUUGCAUCACACUAAAGAUCAAAUCAACACACAUACAAGAGGAGAAUGACGGACAAUUUUUAUCUGGUGAGCUUCCAGAAAGCACCGCGGUAAAAUCUGAAAUCUCACUUGCGAAACAAUGAACUAUGGUGUACUCUCUCACACGUAUGGACAUUACCCACAAUAAUUACUUCCUUAGGGGUCAUUCACAUACCACGUGGACAGUUUUUUAACGAUUUUAAAAGAAACAUUGUUGAUAAGUAUGUAUAGGGUAAGCCGUGGUGCGAUUCAGCUGUUCAUUCUGAAGCAUCAGACGCUCGACAGCGUGACCGAUCGACCGGGAAGAGGGCCGAAACGUGAGACUAAUACAAGGAUGGACACGCUAAUCAUCUGGGAAGUGAAGAAAAACCCACUAACGACCGAUCGGUUGCUUAAAGAAAGGUUUUACUGGAUCUUUCCAUUCGACGACGUUUGGUGGAACGGGAUCUAGAGAGCUUGUUCGUCAGGAAGCGACCGAUGAUCUGCAACACCUACAAAAAUAAACGACUUCAAUUUGCAAGGGACUACGUCAACAAACCGCUGGAGUUCUUGAAAUGUAUUAUUAAGUCGGCCUAGUCCAAGUAUAAGCUGUUUAACAAAAAAAAAGGCAACUCCGAGUGAAGCGGAAAAGUGACAAAGGCCUUCAGGACCGGCUGACUAACAACUGGGCACUGUCCGACAACAGGCUCGGUUGAAAAUACUUCUCAGCCUGAUUCAGCAACAAUGUGGUGGCGAUACCUUGUUGACAUAACAAAUGAGUACAAAAUCCUGCGUGGGAUGCUGUCUUACUUCGCCUUGUGGCCGCUGGGAUGCAUUCUACAACAGACCUUCGAGCGUAAACGAUGGCAUAAUUAUGACUGGGAUCGAUGUCUUCGGUAUAGCAUGUACGUUUGUAUCCGCCCCGAUGCUGUACUCGUGGAUGCGCCUGGCAAACAUCAUGUGGCCUCGAACAGACUUUCGGUCGUCUCUAACGAAAGCAUUCACCGAACAAGCUGCGUUCGAUCCGUUUGCGAUCGUUUUUUUUCUUUACGGGAUGAGUAUUCUAGAGCGCAAAAGUCAACAACAGGCUGCGCAGGAGGUUCAGAAUAAAUUCUGGGACACCUACAAAGUGGGAUUUUUCUAUUGGCCCGUCGUGCAAACAGUAAACUUUUCACUGAUCCCAGCCAAAAACCAAAUAAUAGCAGCCGGAUUUUUCAGCUUGAUCUGGACCACUUUGGCCUAUAUAAAAGCCAUGAAUUCCGAACCAACUGAAGUUGAGUCUGUUAUGCAAAAAGAUCCGCGAUCGUACGAGUCUUGUUUGAUAAGUCAGUAAUGGAAAUAGUACACGCAAUAUUUAGUAUCACAUUAGAAACAAACUUUUUCUCAGCACUGUAUAUUACCUAUUGUUUUGUUGAUUCAAGUUCGAUUCAUUUCGCAUAACUUUUUCUCUGAUUUCGCACGACAGUUGUGUGAAAUGCAUGCGCGAAAUUUGUACAAUGAAUUUUAUGAUAUAGAUCGAAAUCAGAAUAUAGAGUAAGGAACUUGUUUCAGGCAGCUUAUGCAGCCUCCUGUGUAUUGGAACGAAAUACUCGAAACGUGUAAAAUGAAAUAAUAAGAAUUAAAUAUAUCAGUUUGUCUACUAUUAUUUUCUCUGUCAGUACUGUUUUCAUAUUAUAAAACCGAUUUAGAAAACUUCAACGAUAAUCGAUACGUAUGUGAUGGAACAAGCUUUGAAACUCAGUAAUCAAUUCUUACAAAAUUUUGAAAUUUAAUUACACUUUCUAGUGCGUACAAAAAACAUGCGAAAGUGAAUCUGGUUGCCAGAAUUAUUCGAAAGCAUGUAUAAGCAAAAUUUAUUUAUUUACUGCUGUUCUCUUUGCGUAUCUCUAUUAACACAGCUUUUGUAAUAAACAGUGAAAAAUUUUAACGCACUCGUGGUUUUCAAUUUCAACCAACCAGCGAGUGGUUCGCAAAGUGGAUGCAAAGCUAGACCCAGUUGUCUCCCGUUAGGUAAGAGUCAAGUCAUCCGUCAGCCGCAGUGAAAACAAGUCUCGCCAAACAUGUGAAAAGUGAAUAUGUAAACAAGCCAAAUUUUCUCGUUUUUUUAUUAAUACAAUAAGAUAUAUUUACCAAUAUGAUUUGCUGCUUGGAGAGAAUUGUUUUAAUCAAACAAUCUUCUUCUUACCAGUACAUAAAGCUGGUUCACUAGAAACGUGAAAUUGUGGCCUUUUUUACAUUUGGCACAUGGACCCUUUUAACAUUUACCAUUUAAAAUUUUAUGAAGAUUUACUAGCAAAUACUCGUAUAUUACGUAAUGCGGAAUUCGGCUAUUUUCAAUCACGAUUAAUUUACGAUUAUCUGCUUUUUAACUGAGCUAGAGCAAAUGAUCAGUAUACGUUGUUUUAAUCGUUUUUUGAACGAACAACUGCAUAUUUAUAGUUGCUACGAUGUAAUAAACAGGACUUUUCGAAACCAAUUUGUUCUUGUUGACCCGCCUCGAUAACAGUUUUUCCUCUACAACGAAAGUGAAAAGUAACACAUUUUGACAGAAAAAAAUUGUGCGGAUGCAGUCGAUCUUAAGCCUGUAUCACACUCUUUGUUCAAUCGUCAAAUAUUUGACCUUUUGACAUAAUGCUCAAAUUUAUUUGACAUCAAGAUUGUUGUUUGCCCUAGAGAUACUCAGAGAGAGAGAGAGAGAUAAGCGAUGAAAAAACCGCAAAUUUGGCAACUAGGUUUCACAUGUCAGAGGUACCAGAUCUCUUCUCAAAGCGCAAUAUGGACUAACUUAAUCAUUUGACUCGUAUAACUGAUUGUAACGGUGGAACUCCUGAGAAAUAAUAAAGUGCAUCACAAAAACCGUGAAGGUGUUAAAUUUUAUGUUCAUGUUUAAUUUCAUAUACUUUCACCAUAAUUGAUCAUUAUUUUGUUGACCAUACAAAAGGUUUGUGAAUCACCAGUUUAAAAUCACUAUGAUACAGCAAUUUUGGAGCACUCUCAAUUCAUUGUUUAGCAAUAGAACAUGAAAAACGUGUAAAGAAAAAUAUACCCUUUAUUGUACCUGAUUGCAAUACCUAUAAAUGUGUUACCUUUCUUGUUCGUUUGGCUCAGAUUUUGACAUGUUCAUUUGGCACACAACAUUCUCUUCGCAUAUCUCUCCGUCUGAGAAUCGCUAGUUUGCCCGUGUUUGUCACAUGUAAAAAUUGGAGAGUGGCAAACAAUUAUCUUUGACCCAAUUUCAAAAAGUGACAAAUAUUUGACGCUUGGUCAAAGAGUGUAAUCCAGGUUUUGCUCAUUCGUCCGACGGAACUGAAUUUUUUUCCUAAUUAAUAAUUUAACAUCUUUAAUUUAACACCUAGUUUCCAUAUCCUAUUAUUAUCAAUACAUUUGCCACGGCAUUUGUUCUUCCUUGUGAAUCUGAUCAAUAGAAGCUGAUAGCAAUAUUAAAUAUCGGUCAUCCCAUGUCAAGUGAUCAGGCAAACGCAACGACCCUCUCCGAUUCACUUCAAAAUGAAUAAAAUGACUUGUUUUGGGUCGAAAUUGGAAAAUCCAGAGUUUUGGGCCAAUCGGACAACGCCCCUUCAAUUGCGGGGCCUUCUAUUUUUGUAUUUUUUGACAAAAAAUCAUUUUCCAUGUUUUGGGAAAACAUCAUAUCUCAGAGACCGUAAGAGCUA